AUGGACUCCGGCACAACAGCAGAUGCCCCAUCACUCCCCUGGCGGGCUUGGUCGAACAUGACCAUGUGGGGAGUGGCCGGCCUGUGCCGUGGAUUUCUCUCGGUAUUAAGCCACGCGGAGGUGCAUGGUGGCGAGGCUUUUACCGCGUUGUUGGACUCGCGGCAGGAUCCGUCGCAAAGAUCGAAGGGUCUGAUUACAGUAUCGAACCAUAUCAGCGUCUCCAGAGGAAAUGCGGGUUGCCUUGUUCUUGUUCUGACUUCAGUCAUCCCUUGCAGACCUCUGUCGUUUUUCUUUGCGAUGGGUCAAGUUUUACCUACGCACCGCCUAGCACAUUCACAAUUUGGGGGACUUGGCCAGCCCGCCAUGACUCAAGCCAUUCGACUCUUGUCUCAGGGUCCCUUCCCCGUGGACCACCACCGAGCCAAACCCGAACUCCAGAGCUUCAGCCUCGAGAAUGUCUGCAUUGAUCCCUUCUCGGAUCUCUCUGUCGCUUAUACUACUAAUGGUGAAGAUGCCCACUUGGCACCUUCUGCGUACUCUUGCAAUUCCUACUCCUGGGUUCAUAUAUUCCCCGAAGGCAAGAUUCACCAGGCGCCCCGGAAGACAAUGCGGUACUUCAAAUGGGGAAUUGCGCGACUCAUCCUCGAAACGAAGGAAUGCCCGGACAUUGUUCCGAUGUGGAUUGAGGGCGUCGAUGAUAUCAUGCACGAAAGUCGCGAAUUCCCACGAUUCCUUCCCCGCCCUGGCAAGAAUGUCAGCGUGACCUUCGGUUCAAAGGUGGAUUCCGAGGCGGUUUUCGGAGACAUGCGCUCGCGCUGGCAGAAGCUGAAAGCCAAGGUUGAGGCAGCCGAUCCUCAGUCUCGGGAUCUCCCCGUUGGUGUCUUGAGUGAAGAGCUCUUGAAUAAUAAGGAAGCUGUUGAGUUACGUAAAGAAGUUACUAGGAAGAUUCGGAACCUUGUGUUAGAGGUUCGCCGGACGCGUGGUCUUCCAGAUGAAGAUCCCAAAGAGGGCCUCGUUGAGACAUGGCUGGAGGAAGGCCAUAAACGCGAAGGCCACAUGAAGGAUGAUUCCUGGGUUCGAGACAUUUAA